GGAUGGAGGAUGGACUUUCCAGCCAAAACAGUUUGCCAUGAUCCAUGCCUGUGCCUCGCCAAAUAGGUGCCAAGCAUGACCCUGCAGAGGAGGAGGACCUUCUGCGAGGGAAAUGGCCUCGAAAUCGUCCGCGACCAACGUCAGACUUUGAUGAUGAUUUAGCCUUCUUCGGCUUCAAGCUUACUGGCAAAACAGCGGCGGCGGCUGUGGCUGUCGUUUGUUUGCUGGGCUUCGUCCUGGUGAAGCUGGUCAUGUUUCCGGCCGCGACGGAAUUUCCGACUUCGCCGAGAAAAGGCGUUUCGGAAGAUACGGCUGGCUCAAGCCAGACGCCCUUUCCCAGUCCAGGCGAGUCAGCCACUAGGCUUGGCUUCCAAGAUGGCAAGGACAAAGGGGACGAAGGCGAUGGCUACGGGUACAACGAUGGGCCUGAAGACACAGAUUCUCGUGAAGACGGCUUUCAGAACAGCGAUGACUUGCGCAAUCAAGUCAAAUCAACUGAAAACGACAAGCUUAGUAACAAAACAGAAACUGCCCAGGAGGGCCUUGCAAGUGGCAGUGGUGAAGGCGGGCCACAGCCGACUCCUGGCAGCAGCCCGCCUGAUGGGGCGCAAAGCGGCAGCCUUGCGAGUGGUGGCAGUGGUGAAGACGUGCCACAGCCGACUCUGACCGGCGCGCCUGGCAGCAGCCCGCCUGAUGGGCCGCAAAGCGGCAGCCUUGAAAGUGGCAGUGGUGAAGACGUUCCACAGCCGACACUGACCAGCGCGCCUGGCAGCAGCCCGCCUGAUGGGGGGCAAAGUGGCAGCCUCGAAAGUGGCAGUGGUGAAGACGUGCCACAGCCGACUCUGACCAGCGCGCCUGGCAGCAGCCUGCCUGAUGAGGCGCAAAAUGGCAGCCUUGAAAGUGGCAGUGGUGAACACGUGCCACAGCCGACUCUGACCAGCGCGCCUGGCAGCGGCCCGCCUGAUGGGGCGCAAAGCGGCAGCCUUGAAAGUGGCAGUGUUGAAGACGUGCCACAGCCGACUCUGACCAGCACGCCUGAUGGGGCGCAAAGUGGCAGCUUUGAAAGUGGCAGUGGUGAAGGCGUUCCACAGGCGACUCUGACCAGCGCACCUGGCAGCAGCCCGCCUGAUGGGCCGCAAAGCGGCAGCCUUGAAAGUGGCAGUGGUGAAGACGUUCCACAGCCGACACUGACCAGCGCGCCUGGCAGCAGCCCGCCUGAUGGGGGGCAAAGUGGCAGCCUUGAAAGUAGCAGUGGUGAAGACGUGCCACAGCCGACUCUGACCAGCGCGCCUGGCAGCAGCCCGCCUGAUGGGGCGCAAAGUGGCAGCGUUGAAAGUGGCAGUGGUGAAGGCGUGCCACAUCCGACUCCAACCAGCGCGCCUGGCAGCGGCCCGCCUGAUGGGGCGCAAAGUGGCAGCCUUGAAAGUAGCAGUGGAGAAGGCGUUCCACAGCCGACUCCGACCAGCGCGCCUGGCAGCAGCCCGCCUGAUGGGGCGCAAAGCGGCAGCCUUGAAAGUGGCAGUGGUGAAGGCGUUCCACAGCCGACUCCGACCAGCGCGCCUGGCAGCAGCCCGCCUGAUGGGGCGCAAAGCGGCAGCCUUGAAAGUGGCAGUGGUGAAGACGUGCCACAGCCGACUCUGACCACGCCGGCCAGCAGUUUGCCAGAUGGUGAGCAAAGAAGGCCCCCUGGCAGUGCAGGAUUGAGGGGGUCGAACGUGGCCCCAGAUAGAGCGCCACAGGCAGCAGCGCCAGCAUCGCCGGCAGCAGCGCCACAGGCAGCAGCGCCACAGGCAGCAGCACCGCAGGCAGCACCACAGGCAGCAGCGCCAGCAUCGCAGGCAGCACCGCAGGCAGCAGCGCCACAGGCAGCAGUGCCACAGGCAGCAGCACCACAGGCAGCAGCGCCACAGGCAGCAGCACCGCAGGCAGCGCCACAGUUAGCAGCGCCACCGGCAGCAGCGCCACAGGCAGCAGCACCGCAGACAGCACCACAGGCAGUGGCGCCACCGGCAGCAGCGCCACAGGCAGCAGUGCCACAGGCAACAUCACCGCAGGCAGCACCACAGGCAGCAGCGCCACCGGCAGCAGCGCCACAGGCAGCAGUGCCACAGGCAGAAGCACCGCAGGCAGCACCACAGGCAGCAGCGCCACCGGCAGCGCCACAGGCAGCAGCGCCACAGGCAGCAGUGCCACAGGCAGCAGCACCGCAGGCAGCACCACAGCCAGCAGCGCCAUCGGCAGCAGCGCCACAGGCAGCAGCACCGCAGGCAGCAGCACCGCAGGCAGCAGCACCAGAGGCAGCAUCACAGGCACCUCAGGCAGUGCCACAGGCAGCGGCACAGGAGACCCAAGCAAAUCAAGGAAAUGGGACCCUUGGUGGCUUGCCCAGCGGCAACUGAAGCGGCCGGCCCGGCAGUUGCUGCCCAAGCCAGUUCAUCUCUCUGAAGCGUUUGGUGAACCAAUUGCCAAAGCACCAUUAGUGAUAGAUGGGCGUGGUCGGCGGCCAAAAUUCAGAAGAUGAUGGUGCGCCAGCCAAUUGUGGACAUAACAGUCCGUAGGCCGCAAGCAUGUACAUACUAACAGACAUAAAUAUCAAGAGUCAGCUUCAGCUUCAGCCGGACACGGCCUGCACGCAAAAUGCACCUCAGUCACCGUGCGGUGCACGCCGAGGUCUCGAGCAUGCCAUUGAUGAAACUUACAAAAUGGAACGGCAGGCAUUUCGGGUGGGUUGGCCUCGGGCGGCCAAAGGCCUGGAUCGCGCAUACUGUGGCAAUGGUGCUCACAGACCUCUUGGCCCCAGGUGACGUGACGCACCCUCGGCUUCUAGGAGAAGCCGCUCCGCAUGGGCGCGGUCAGGACCAAGCUUCAGAGAAGUGAGGCGUGCAUGGAUGAGGCAAUAGCCACCUUCCACGAUUUUCUUGAAGGAUGCUAUUCUUGGCAGCCGUAUGUGGCUUCUUCAUUCACUGCUCACGGCUGCCAAAGACCUCGAGCUGCUCAGCGCU